AUGGCCGACGCUUCUUCUUCCACCGCCCCAGCCGCCCCAGUGCAGCCAGAGGGAACUUACUCUCUCGAACAGUUGAAGGAACACAAUACGCGAGAGAGUCUGUGGAUGUUGUUGCAUGAUAAAGUGUAUGAUAUCACGGCGUUCAUGGAUGAGCACCCAGGUGGUGAUGAAGUGUUAAUUGAAGAAGCAGGCGGAGACGCAACCGAGGCAUUCGAGGAUGUAGGACAUUCAGACGAAGCUAGGGGAAUGUUACCUAAGAUGCUAUUGGGUGAUUUCUACGGUGAGAAAAAAUCCAAAUCGAAGAAAUCUGUCUCUUCAACCGGUGGAUCAACUUCUUCUUCAGGAUUUCCAAUUUGGGUCGUACCAGUAGCUUUACUCGCUGCCUUCCUCGCAUGGAGGGUGUUCUUGGCCUAA